AAACAAACUUUUUAGUGUUGUACAUAAAUAGAUCUAUAUUUAUUUCCCUGCCUAACCAAAAUAAUAGCAACAUUACAGUACCUGCAGUCAUACAGAUGGAUAUAUAUACUUCAUAAAGCUUUACUGAGACAAUGGACCCUUGGGAGCACAAAGAUGAGGGUCAUGAGCGUGCUGUCAUGAAGGGUCUGAAUGCCCUGAGGGACAAGAAACUGCUGUUUGACAUCACACUGAUUGCAGAGGGGAAGGAAUUCAAGGCACAUAAAGCUGUACUUGCUUCAUGCAGUGAAUAUUUUAGGGCUAUGUUCACUGAUGAGAUGAAGGAAUGUAAAUUGGAUGUGAUCACUCUGAAUGGUGUCUCAGCCCCUGGUCUAGCUGCCAUUGUAGACUUUGCCUAUACUGCUAAACUGAAGCUGGAUGUGGGCAACAUCCAGGAUGUCCUCUCAACAGCUAGUCACACGCAGGUCAUCUCUAUAAUAGAAUCAUGCGCCACCUAUCUGGAGCGAUUCCUUGAUUUUGAAAACUGUAUAGAUGUUGCCACAAUCAGUGAGACCUAUUUUCUGCAACAUUUGAAGAAAAAGGCAUACAUUUGCAUUGGAAAACAUUUCAUGAAUUUAACAUGUUCAGAACAGUUUCUCAAUAUGCCAACGUUGAACUUAGUAUAUCUACUAGAGUGCAAUUACCCAAUUCGUUGUAGUGAAGAAGAUAUCUUAAAUGCUGUGUUGAAUUGGGUCGAAUACAAGGAAAGUGAAAGAAUGGCUCAAGCAGGGCAGGUCCUUCGCCAUAUAAACUUUCAAAAUAUUGCUGUCCACUCAUUAUCUGCAACACUCCAGCUGGAUAUUUUUCAACGAAUUGUUCAAGAGCACCCCUUCAUUGAAACAGAACUAUUUUGUGGUACACUGGACAAUAAAAGUGAAACCCUUGCAAAAACUCUGAUGAAUAAACGUGGUUUUGAGAAAACCAUUGUGACAAUUGGGGGAUUUGAUCCAAACCAUGGCUUAAACAAUCGGCUAUCGUACUUCCAUACAAAUGAUAAGAAAUGGAAGAAAUUAAGUGCAGUGCCUCAUUUACAGCAGACUGAUUUUGGUGUUGCUGUCUUAAACAAUGAGCUUUAUAUAGCAGGGGGCAACUACCAUCAGGGAAUCCAAGAUGAUUGUGCUCACAGCUUUCUCUUUAAAUACAACCCAGCAACUGACAAAUGGACCACUUUAAGCUCAAUGUUACGACCGCGCUGCAAAUUCUACCUAGGGGUCGUUGGGAAUAAACUAUAUGCAUGCGCUGGUUUAAUUGACUUGACAGAACUUGAAGGCGUGAACCCAGAUAUUUCCACGGCAAGUCAGAUGUCACCCUGUGAAGUAUAUGAUCCAGAAACUGACAAGUGGUCAUUCAUAUGUGAAAUAGAUUCGAAGGAGAGUUACAAUAACUUUCCUGGGGUGGUUCAUGGUCACAAUAUUUACAUAUCCGGUGGAAUGUGGACACAUGAGACACCAAUGGCAUCAGAUUAUGAUGACGUUGAAUAUCUCGUCACAGAAAUCUUGUUGAAACUGGACACUAGAAACAAUCAAUGGGAGAUCAAAGAGAGCAUGCCCACAGAGCGGGUGGGGCAUAUGAUGGAGAUAUUUCAGGAUAAGAUAAUUGUGGCUGGAGGCUGGAAAUACAUCAACCCUGACCUGGACGAUGACCGUGAAAUCAUCAAAACAGUUGACAUGUAUGAUAUCAAAAUUGACCAGUGGAUCACAAUCAAUCAACAAACUUUGCCAAAAUAUCACGCUGGUGCUGCCUUAAUUGGAUCCAGAAUCUUCAUUAUUGGAGGUUUUGAAUCAUUCGACAAGAAAACAGCUAUGCGACAAACAAAUCGAAUUGCAGUGUAUAAUGCAAAGGAAAACAUUUGGGAAGAAGAUCAAUGGUUCCCAUUUGAGAUUUGGGAGCAUAUGUGUUGUACCCUAGAGGUUCCUAUGUGUAGAGAAGAUCUCCAUUUGCCAAUCACUACAGGUACCCCACUCAGUAUGAAACUCAUGUAUCCCAGUGGAUAAAUUGUGGUAAAUUUGGAGUCAGAACUCUGAAGUAAAAACGUUUUUCAGUUUGUCAAUUGUACAAAAACGUUAGAUUUUGAUGCUAACCUCAAUGACCAUUUGUCUGACAGUGCUAACAUUUAGUAGAACAUUAUCACCAGACUUCAUCCUAAAAUCAAGGUGCCAUAUGGUUUUGCAAUACCAUAUUCAUGGAACUGUGCCAUGUGGACUAUUAACAGUGCUGCUUCAACAGUACUGAUUGCAGACAAAACAGUGUACAAUCUUAUUAACAGUUGUAUUCAGUGCAUUUUUUAUUUCUCAAACAUUUUGUCAUGUUAAUGCCUUG